AUGGCGAGAACCGCGAAGCGACCAUGUGCCGACGAGCCAGAAACCCAGAGGCCUCGAACUCACACCAAGAUCUCGAACAAUACAUCAUAUUCAUCCCCAUCGCACCUACCUACGACCGAGCCGACCACGAAACACAUCAUGGAUUUCAACAACGAGAACGAGAGAGAGGACCGCAUCAUGCCAUCUCGCGACACAGCCGACCAAGAGCCUGACCAGGCAAAAGAAAAGGAGACGGCAGCACAGAAGGUGUUCAGCAUGUCUGAGGUGGUGCAAAUCAUGCUCGACGACAUGACUCCAAAAGAGCUGUUCCAGCCCGUCCGCAUCAACCGCACCUUCUGUGAUACCAUUGCCCAGCUCCCAAGAUUCCAACACAGAAUGUUCCUCACACCGACCAAGGUCUACCACCAGGCUGAGCGGGCUACGAAUGGAUACUUGAGGCUCUCCGAACCUAUCGAACUCAACUCAACCCUUUCAUCUCUGCAGAUGACUGGACUGUGUGGCAGAAUGCAGUGGACUUGGAAGACUACCUAG